AUGGAAGAAUACAAUAGCGGCGUAUGCGGCCCGCACAUGAACGGGAGAAUGCUAGCUAGAAUCAUAUCGCGUUCAAGGUACUACAGGACCACUAUGGAAACAGACUGUUACCGUUUCAUUAAAACAUGCCCCAAAUGCCAAAUAUUUAGCAACCUGAAUCACUUGCCUCCCUUAGAACUGUACACUUUCACAUCCCCUUGGCCAUUUUCCACAUGGGGCAUUGACAUAAUUGGCAAAAUCACACCAACAGGUGUCGGAGGACAUGAAUACGUCCUAGUCGCAAUCGACUAUUUCAUCAAAUGGGUAAAAGCAUGCUCCUUUUCCCAGAUAACAGCCAAACAUGUCGCAAAGUUUCUAGAAAGAAACAUUUUCUGCAGAUACGGAGUUCCACACGAAAUCAUAAGUGACCAAGGUUCUCACUUUAGGGCCGAAGUCCAGGAACUACUCGAAAAAUACCGAGUUAAGCAUCACAAGUCCUCACCGUACAGACCCCAGAUGAAUGGAGCGGUCAAAUCGGCCAAUAAAAAUCUCAAAGUUAUAAUUGAAAAAAUGGCCGAAAAUCACAAAGAUUGGCCUAACAAGUUACAUUUUGCUCUAUGGGGAUACCGAACCUCUAUUCUCACAUCUAUAGGGGUAACUCCAUACUCCCUAGUAUACGGAAUGGAAGUUGUUCAACCCGUAGAAUUAGAAGUCCCUUCUCUUCAUGUACUCUUAGAAAGUAAGCAACCCGAGGCAGAAUGUGUACAAGCCAGAUAUGACGAGCUCACCUUACAUGACGAACGAAGAUUAAGAGCUCUACACCACGUACAAAUAUACCAGAAACGCAUAGCGAGGCAAUUCAACAAAAAGGUCAAACUUCGCAACAUCAAAGAAGGCGACUUCGUACUUAAAGAAGUCCGUGCACCAACCACGGACCCCCGAGGCAAAUUUCGACCAAAUUGGACUGGACCAUAUUUCGUAAAAGCCAUCCUCCCAGGAGGAGCGGUAAAACCAUCUGACAUUGAUGAGGCAGAAUUCGCAAACAUCACUAAUCUAGAUCAGCUAAAGAAAUAUUACGUCUAA